AUGUCUACUAUUAUCAAAUUUGAACUCAAAGAGCUUAGGAAAUUAGCAAACGAUAAAAAUUCGUGUGUUAUUGAAAAAAAAGUGACUCAAAACUUAGCCCUACAACCAUGGUGUUUAGGUAAUCUUAAAGAUUCUAUAAAGAAUUUGCUUGAUUAUAAAAUAGGAAAAUUCGAUAAAGAAUUUAAUGGAAUUCUUCUAAGCUACAAAAACCUUCGAGUAUUACAAAAUGUAGGCUCCAUAAGAAAUGACAAUGCAGAUAUCCACUUUCAAGUGCAGGCAGAUUAUUUCAUAUUUUGUCCUCAUGUUGGAGCAACAUUAAAAGGUGUUGUCAAUAAAAAGAGUAUAACACACCUGGGUGUUCUUGUUCACAGAGUAUUCAAUGUUGUAAUACCAAGACCUACAGAAGAACCUGGAAAUGAAUGGAUUGGAUCUAACAUUGAAGAAGGUCAAGAAGUAGUUUUUCAUGUAGUUGUAUUAGAUCUAUAUGGAGCCUUACCAUAUAUCAGGGGUAAAUUGGAUGAAAGAUCAGUAGCAUCGGGUGUAGAUGGGGAUGAAGAAGCUAUGGAAAUGAAUCCCAACAAAUCAAUGGACAUUACUUAUGUUGAUUUCGAUAAAACAAAACCAAGCUUAAAACAAGUUGGCAGUGUAUUACCAAAUACAUUAUCAAAGAAAAAAUCUACUUCACACAAUACAAUUAAGAAUAGCUGCAAUGGAGAACCAAAUAAUGGUGAAAACUCAAAUAAUGCUUUAGAAAAGAUAAAAUAUAAAAAGCAAAAUAAAACUCAAUCUUUCGAACAGAAACAAUCAGAUGGCAAACCAAGAUUUUUAAAGAAACAUAAAAAUAAUAAAGAUAUG